AGACAUGGCACCCAAAAGACAUUACAAAGAAUAUCUGCUGAAUGAGUCGAGCCAACCUUCAAAGGCAACCAAAUACAGACGGCUAGCAAAGGAGAACGAGAAUACUUUAAACUGCAGAGGAAAUUACAAGAAAUACCUCAGUGCAUCCUGUACAACUAACAAUAGAGGAGUCUUGAAAGAGAUUCCACUUUCAAAUAACGGUGAACGAACAUAUUCUCUGGAGGAAUAUCCAGGAGACAAUCCCACAACUAACAAACAGAAUGUUCCCGAUGAGGGCCUUGUUGCAGAAGGACCAAGCGGUCAGUCAUCUUUAGAAUGUUUGAGAGGAAAGCAUCUUGUCACUCCAAUAACAGAGCAUCUGCUUCAGGACAGACCAAACAGAGAUUCAUCAGAGCCUGCCGGAGAGGGGGUCUCCAGAAAUACCCACCCAGUGCUAGAAUUGCCACCCUCCACCUACUCACACUGCACUUUUCAAUUUUGUGGGGAUCAACAAGAUAUGCAAAUCGGACCAGAAGCACAGGACAUGUUAGAGAAGCAACCAGGAUGCAAUGUGCCUGCUACUCCAACUGAUCAGCAAGAGACACCAAACCAACAGGCAGAGACAUUUUUGUUGGAUGGAGAUGAUCCAGCGUAUCCUGGAGCUCCACUGACAAAGGGACAAAGUUUAAUCUUACUGAUGUCUUAUGUACUAAGGCACAAUGUGACAGGUGUGGCACUGGAACAUCUACUGAAGAUUGUUAAUGAACAUUUCCCUGGAAUGGUACCAGUAACCACAUACCUUUUUCACAAAGCUUAUGGACAAUAUGGAAAUUAUGUCCCCCAUUUUUACUGUCCAGCAUGUGAAAACUACUUGGGGGUAAAUAAUACCAGUGAACUACAGUGUGGAGCUUGUAAUGCAGUAACUGAUUCAGAGAGCUGUCUCAAAAGUGGGUGUUUCUUUCUAGUGCUUAGUUUGGAUUCACAAAUCAAAACAUUGCUUGAACAAAACCAAAGUUUAAAAAAAGACUGGCAAUGUGCAGAUGUCAUGUCAGAUAUACAGUGUGGAGAAGAGUACCAUAAACUCAAAGAAUCAGGUGAAUUAGGUGAGGAUGACAUAACUUUAAUUUGGAACUGUGAUGGAAUUCCAGUUUUCAGGAGUUCAAAGUAUCAAAUUUGGCCCAUUCAGUGCCAGGUUAUAGAACUUGAACCUAAAGAACGGAAGGCAAAUAUCUGUCUUCCUUGUCUCUGGUUUGGCGAGAAGAAGCCAAACUUCUUAACAUAUUUGAAGCCAUUUGUUGAUGAACUGCAAAUUUUAGAACAAAAUGGUAUUAAAUGGAAGGACUCAGCAAAUGUACAACAUGUCUCCAAAGUGUAUGCUCUGAUAUGCAGUUCAGAUUCAGUUGCUCGCCCACUUCUAAGAAACACCAAACAGUUUAAUGGCUUUUAUGGAUGUGAUUUUUGUUACCAUGUUGGUGGUGGUCCUUACACAAACAAAGGCCCAAAACCACAUCUUAGAACUGAAGCUAAGCAUUUUGAUCACGCAAUGGCUGCAACACCAGACAGUCCAGUAAUGGGAGUAAAAGGACCUUCACCAUUAAUGAAACUCACAAAGUUUCAAAUGAUAAAUGGAUUUGUUCCAGAGUAUCAGCAUUGUGUCUGCCUUGGUGUGACAAGGCAAUUAGCAAAACUGUGGUUUGACUCAAGAAAUCAUGACAAAGAGUGGUACUUAGGAGCAAAAUCAGACCGCAUUGACAAAGAGCUCAUUGCAAUUCAACCCCCUGUUGAGAUAACAAGAGUACCACGAUCUGUUGCAGACAGAAAAUAUUGGAAAGCAUCAGAGUGGAGGUCAUUCCUGUUAUUCUAUUGCCUGCCUUUACUGAAUGGGGUCUUACUAAAGAAGUUCUGGAACCACCUUUUUCUGUUUGUGUUCGCUAUGCACAUUCUUUUGGGAGAAAAGGUGAAACGCUGUGAUAUUGAAGUAGCUGAAAGAGCUCUCAAGAAGUUCUCACUGCAGUUUGAGAAGUUAUAUGGUGCAGCAAAUAUGACAUUUAAUGUCCAUCUUCUGACACACCUUGCAGCAAGUGUUAGGAACUGGGGCCCUUUGUGGGCCACAUCAACCUUUUCCUUUGAAUCAUUUAAUGGCACUUUGUUACAGUACUUCAAUGGGACAACACAUGUUCCAGAGCAAAUAGUUAAAAGGUUUCUUUGCUGGAGGAGUCUAACACAAAAAGCCGAAAAGUACAUGGUAGAUGCUAAUGAAGGGGUGAAAUGCAUUUUUUCACAUCUCCUAAACAGCAAUGUAUCAAGUUCUAAUUCAUCUACCCUGAAUGAAAAUGUCAGGGUUUUUGGUAAUCCCUGUCAUCACAAACUGUCAGCAUUAGAAAAACUUGCUAUCAAAGACUUGCUAAGUGUUACAGUCGAACACUGUGUUUGUUUUCACCGUUUCAUUGUAAAAGGCGUACUGUAUCAUUCCAGCAGUAACAGAAGUCUAAAAAAAAGGAUCAACUCAACAGUGGAGUUACAGGAUGGAAGAUUAUGUAGAAUUCUUUGCAUGUCAGUAUUCAGAGCAGGCGAUUUGUCAUUGCACUGUAUAUUGGUAAAGGAGCUUGUGAAGACUGAGGGACAGCUCUGCAAGGAUAGUCAACUGAACAUUGCUUCCACUUUUAUGUCUGAGGUGUCAGAAUCUAGGAAUGUUUAUGCGGUGCCCACUGACCUGUUCCACAGGAAAUGUGUUUUGAUCCAAUCAAGAGACAAACAAUAUGUUAUUCCUCUACCAAAUAAUGUAGAGAGAGAUUAAAUAGUUACUGGGGAAGUUAGAGAAAAAUUGCUGAAACCACUGCCAAAUUGUAAGAAAUAGGGAUUACAUAUCAGUGUGUAUUCUUGGUGUGCCUUAAAACUAGUGGACAAUGUCCAAAAAUGGCAACUUCAGAGGAUUAAGUCUGUAAAAAUGAUAAGGCAUACAUGGGCAAGCACACAAAGACUGUGCUGUUAAACAGUUAGUAUAACAGUUGUGGUAUAACAAAACACAAACAAAAUUGUAGGGGUGAAUACUUUUGCAAGGCACUGUACCUGGCCUCAAAAUGUUGAACUUUAACAGACUGUUUUCAUGCAAAAUCAAAGACUUUCAAAGGAUUAAUUUUUCUGUCAAGCAGCAAAGCAAAUUUCCUGUUAUCUACACAUCUUAAUAUGUUCAUAAGUGUAAUGUGUUUUCUGAUUGCUGUCAAAUGUAAGUGAAACAAUCCAAGCUUUGGAAUAUGUACUUUCCAUGUGAUGAUAAGAAAUACACAAGGUUGUACUGUUUUCUUAUUAGAAAUACUGGUGACUACUGCAUUAUAUAAAAGCACAUGGUCAAUUGAAAGGAACUCUG